AUGGCCCAUGAUGUACAGGGCAUUCCAAAGAUUGUUUCCUCCCAGGGGAGUGGCGUAGGAGCCAGCAAGCCAGCAUCACCAUCAUCACCAUCAUCAUCAUCACCAUCAUCAUCAUCAUCAUCAUCGUCACCAUCAUUACCACCAUCACCAUCAUCACCAUCAUCAUCAUCAUCACCAUCACCAUCAUCACCAUCAUCAAGGGGGUACAUGCACCCCAAUGGGCUGGUGAGUGAGAAAACAGGGAUGGGCAACAUUGUUCUCAGUCACCUGCUUCACCAUGUGAAGCCCACACCACGAGUGACCGAAAGCCGGCUCACUGCAGGCAGGGACUUCUCAUCCUUCUCAUUCAUCCCAUGCCGAGCCCAUCAGCUCUAUGACUCAUUCCCGUGGGUCUCUGCGGAUAUACUCCGGCUGCUGGCAGAAGCCGUGCUGCCAUUCCCGGGCUGA